AAAGACAAAGACCGCAUGCUAUGGUUGUUCGGAGAUUCUUCGAAUUCACGAUCUUAAAGUCAUAUGAUUCACAGCAAAUAUAGCAACAAAUAUCUCAAUUGGCAUUUUCCAAAGCCACGAAACGUGCAUUGAGUUUGGAGCGAUAUCUGAAGUGAAGAUUGAAGACGUGAUAGAAGAUGGACGACUACUGCUAUGCUAAGAUGGCGACGUCCGCUAAAAGAGAACAUGAAAGAGAAUCAGCGCCACCAACUUCCAGCAAAUCACCAACGGAGAUAAAGACGAAAGAUGAAGAUGUCCAGCAGCUGAUCGGUAAUCCAGAAGAAGUUUCCCCUCAGUUAGGGGGGAGCUCCACUUUGAAGCAGGAGACUCCACAACCACCCUGCAUUAAAAAGGAAGAGGAGGAACUCUGCAUCACUCAGGAGGGAGAGUGUCUUCUAGGACGAGAGGAAGCUGAUUACACCAAGUUUCCACUGAGUAUUAUCUUUGUGAAGACUGAAGAUGAUGAAGAGAAACCACAAGUAGACAACUUCUUAGCUCCACUAUCAGAUAGUGAGGCUGAAGACGAGGUUGAAGUAACUUUGAGCAGCGAUACAGACUGUGAAGGUGAUAUGAGGACUCACACUGACAACAAACACUCUGAAUGCUCUACAAAGAAGACAGGUAAAACAUGUUUGAGCUGCUCAGUUUGUGGUAAAAGCUUUCCUCAGAAUAGCAAUUUAACUCGACACAUGAGAACACACACAGGUGAAAAACCAUUUAGUUGUUCAGUUUGCGGCAAAGGCUUUUAUGAAAAUAGCGAUUUGACUGAACACAUGAGAACACACACAGGUGAAAAACCAUUUAAUUGUUCAGUUUGUGGCAAAAGCUUUUCUGUUAAGAGAUAUUUCACUAAACACAUGAGAACACACACAGGUGAAAAACCAUUUAGUUGUUCAGUUUGCGGCAAAGGCUUUUAUGAAAAUAGCGAUUUGACUGAACACAUGAGAACACACACAGGUGAAAAACCAUUUAAUUGUUCCGUUUGUGGCAAAAGCUAUUCUGUUAAGAGAUAUUUCACUAAACACAUGAGAACACACACAGGUGAAAAAACAUUUAGUUGUUCAGUUUGCGGCAAAAGCUUUUCUCAAAAUAUUCAUUUAACUCGACACAUGAGAACACACACAGGUGAAAAACCAUUUAGUUGUUCAGUUUGCGGCAAAGGCUUUUCUCAAAAUAGCGAUUUGACUCAACACAUGAGAACACACACAGGUGAAAAACCAUUUAAUUGUUCAGUUUGUGGCAAAAGCUGUUCUCUUAAGAGACAUUUGACUGAACACAUGAGAACACACACAGGUGAAAAGCCAUUUUGUUGUUCAGUUUGCGGCAAAAGCUUUUCGUUAAAUAGUUCAUUGACACAACACAUGAGAACACACACAGGUGAAAAAACAUUUAAUUGUUCAGUUUGUGGGAAAAGCUUUGCUCAUGAUAGCCAAUUGACUCCCCACAUGAGAACACACACAGGUGAAAAACCAUUUAAUUGUUCAGUUUGUGGCGAAAGCUUUUCUCAAAAUAUUCAUUUGACUCGACACAUGAGAACACACACAGGAGAAAAACCUUUUAAUUGUUCAGUUUGUGACGACAGCUUUUCUCAAAAGACCCAUUUGACUCAACACAUGAGAACACACACAGGUGAAAAACCAUUUGAAUGUUCAGUUUGUGGCAAAAGCUUUUCUGUUAAGUGCACUUUGACGGAACACAUGAGAACACACACAGGUGAAAAAACAUGUAAAUGUGCAGUUUGUGGCAAAAUCUUUUCUCGGAGUACCUCUUUGACUCAACACAUGAGAACACACACAGGUGAAAAACCAUUUGAAUGUUCAGUUUGUGGCAAAAGCUUUUCUGUUAAGCGCACUUUGACGGAACACAUGAGAACACACACAGGUGAAAAAACAUGUAAAUGUGCAGUUUGUGGCAAAAUCUUUUCUCGGAGUACCUCUUUGACUCAACACAUGAGAACACACACAGGUGAAAAAACAUUUAAUUGUUCAGUUUGUGGCAAAAGCUUUUCUUUUAAGAGCACUUUCAUUGAACACAGGAGAACGCACACAGUUUGUGGCAAAAGCUUUUCUGUUUAAAGCAAAUUGACACAACACAUGAGAUCACACACUGGACUAAGACCAUUUAAUUGUUCAGUUUGUGGUAAAACCUUUCCUUAUAACAGCUCUUUGUGUCGACACCUGAGAACACACGCUGGAGAAAAAACAUUUAGUUGUUCAGUGUGCUGUAAAAGGUUCCCACAUAAUGCAGUAAAACAUAUAAGAACACACAAGGGAAAAUAACCAAUUAGCUGUUUAGUUUGUGGUAUGUUGCUCAUAUGUGGUGACAUCCACCCUACCCAGGAACUUCUCACUGCUUCUUUCACAAAUAUCUGAGGUAUUCUUACAAACUUGGAUUAUUUGGAGCAUAAUCUUAUCUACUCAUGACCCCAUGUCUUCUCUGUAUCUGAAACCUUCCUGAACAGUAAGAUAGAUGAUGCUUCAAGUGCUUGGUUACUCCUUCUUCAGUCCAGGGACCUGGGGCCUCAUGUGUCAAGUGUGCACAAGGUGAAAAACCUGCACUACGCCCUUUUUCACUGCAAAGUUGAGAUGUGUCAAAACUGAUGUCGAUGCAUAAGUGAUACUGGGUACCGUAUUUUUCUGAUUAUAAGUCGCACCGGCCGAAAAUGCAUAAUAAAGAAGGAAAAAAACAUAUAUAAGUCGCACUAUAUAUGAUAGUAUAUAUCUGUAUCAUGAAUCAAUUUAAGUGGACCCCGACUUAAACAAGUUGAAAAACUUAUUCGGGUGUUACCAUUUAGUGGUCAAGUGUACGGAAUAUGUACUUCACUGUGCAACCUAGUAAUAAAAGUCUCAAUCAAUCAAAAAAACUGGAGUAUAAGUCGCGUUUUUGGGGGAAAUGUAUUUGAUAAAAUCCAACACCAAGAAUAGACAUUUAAAAUAAAUAAAGAAUAGUGAACAAACAUAUGAGGCAUAAAUAACCAACUGAGAACGUGCCUGGUAUGUUAACGUAACAUAUUAUGGUAAGAGUCAUUCAAAUAACUAUAACAUAUAAAACAUGCUUUACGUUUACCAAACAAUCCGUCACUGCUGAUCGCUAAAUCCCAUGAAAUCUUCUUCCUCGUUGUCGCUCCUGGUAUGCGCCGCUCCCUUUCUUUUUGCUGCUCGAUGGCCGUUUUCUGCUGCAUAUUUCACUACGUCCGGCUUGUAAUCUGCAGUAUAUGAUUUCCUUUUCGGUGCCAUUCUUCUCAGUUUUUAUAAGUUACCGCCAAUGUUGAAAUAAUCCAUUUUAAUAGCUACGGAUGUAGCAGCAGUUAGCAUCCCAUGACCCACAAUGCACUUCUGACAUGACCCGCCCCCGUCGAAUUCCUAUUGGUUGACGUGUGUGACGAUUGCGGACAUUUGCUUCAUUUCUUCCGCAAAUGAGCUAAAUAAUAUUAUUUGAUAUUUUAUGGUAAUGUGUUAAUAAUUUCACACAUAAAUCGCUCCGGAGUAUAAAUCGCACCCCCGGCCAAACUAUGAGAAAAACUGCGAUUUAUAAUCAUAAAAAAACGGUAACUGUUAGCAUAACCAAGUGCCCACUUUUACUCCUCAGACUGAUUGAUGUGCAAAUCAGAGACAUAUGAACAAUUAACCCCCAACACCCACAACCCAACCCCCACCUCCCUCGACAUUCAGGCAAAACAGGUUCAAUUCAGCUGCAUUUUUUAAUGAAAGAAACUGCUUUUCUGAAUGUGUCCACUGGAUGUCACAAUAGCAACUCUGUUAGGCAAGCAAACAGUUUAUACCGGGGCGAGCAAGUAUACCAAGCAAGAGGUACACGGUAAAGCGGGGCUGUGACUCCUCCCCCUCCACCCAACGUAAAACAGGAGUAAAAUAAGCACUCAGUAACCCCACUUAAAAUGCAGCAUGAGACACUGCACACUGAUGUAGUUCUGUGAAAAUGAUUGUCUUCUGUGCAAAUGUAAAGAAAGUGAACAGUGUGUGAUUUACUGCAAUACUGUCAGUCUUUUAACUUUUUAUUUGUGCUUUGUUGAAAUUGUUCACACAUUGCACAGCUUUUAUUUUUCUAUCAAUACACAUUAUGUCUAGAAGACAGGAAGUAACUCAACACUCUUGAAUAGUUUCUACCUCAGUUUGUAUGGUUUGUUGAGUUAGCACAGGAUUAAUAUGUGGAAAUGACAAAUGAGGUAGU